AUGGAAGCCGAUCCGCUCGCAGGAGUCGACCAGGUCCCAUGGUCCGAAGUAGAUCACGCUUACGGCGAGGCCACUGACCUACCGAAGACUCUCCGCGAUCUUCAGUCGCCCGACGAAGACACCCACCAGGGAGCCCUCUACUCUCUGUAUGGGAGCAUUUGCCACCAGGGCAGCCGGUACACUUCAACUCCCCUCGCGAUCCCGUUUCUAUACAGGCUCAUCGCCAGCCCGGACACGCCCGCUCGAGGAGAACUGCUGCAGUUCAUGGCGGCCCUGGCCUUUGGGCUCAACUCGGAUGAACUUCCCCUAGGGACUGACAUCGCACGCCAGCGCAAGCGCGUGGCUGAGCUUCGAGAAGAUCCCAACCGGGUUGGAGUUAUUAAAAAGGGACUGGACGAAUUUCUCGGUGACGCUUUGGAACGAAACAAGGAGUAUCUUGAGUCGUAUAUCAGAUCUCUGCGCGCUUCAGGAGCUCCGGAGGAUGAAGCAGGCUGGUGGUCCCCGGAAGUGAGGUCCUACAAUGCGGUUCAAAAUGGUCUUGAUACUGCCUACCGCUGCUUAAAGGACGAUUCUGCCGAGGUGCGGACUCCUGCCGCGUAUCUGCUUGCCUGGUUCCCGGACAGGUUGACUGAUAGCGAGCAACACUUGAUGGACAUGCUCGACUGUGAACAAACGCCUACAGCCCAAGCGACUGCAGUCAUCUCCUUGGCUACUCUACAGGCGAUGAAGGGGGAUUUCUCCGAGACUCGUAUCGUCCGCCGUCUGAGAGAUAUUCAAGCUCGGAGCAGCUCUUGCCUUGUAACUUGGGCGAGCAGCCUCUCGCUCGUCAAACUUCGGGUCAACACGGAGAAACAGCUCUCGGAGGUUAUAAAAUUAUUCACGGACGAGGAUCAGUAUCCAGAGCGAUUGAAAGAAGAGCUGGAGCAAGGGCAGUUUCCCUUCCUUGAUGGUCGGCCAAGUAAGCUCGAGAGUCUAGCCGCGAGGGAGCUGCAGCAUUUCAAGGGAUCCAAACACCCGGAGAUGGUCAAGGUUAUCACAUCUGCAAUCGCAUCCAGUCGCGGAAUGAAUCUCGUCACGCUAUCAAGCGCUUUGUUGAAUAUUGCGUUUGAUGGAGUCAAGCCAGAUUCUGAACCUGAUUUUGACGACCUCAAUGAUCUCCAGCAAGAAGUGAUGCGAGCGCUUAAUACUAGCCUCGAGAAACGCGUCGAGUUCGGAAAUUUUAUGACGGUGCUGGAGUCUUGGAAUCUCCCGAACAAGGCAGAGGACUUCGAGGUAUUCAUCAAGCAUCCAGAUGCAUUCCAAAGCAGGUUAUAA